AUGCUUUUGGCGAAGAGCCUCGCCGGCCUCGCCGCGGUGAGCUUGGCCGCCUAUGCCCUUCCGCUGCCGCAGCCCGCAGACCAGCAGGAAUAUGACCUGCUCUUGCGCGGGCGCAUGGGCACCACCACCUCGCCCGUCAACAGCCUUGCCGCGGUACCAUAUGCUCCAGAAGUUGGAGCGGCGGACAGAGCACGCACACUAGGACAAUAG